AGUCUUCGCUCUUGAUUCUGUCAUUUCUGUCAUUGUGGAAGAAUUGUUGGGCGCUACAAGAAUUAAAAAACUCAUAAGAUGGAAACUAAAACAAAACAUUUAACAUUGGGUUCACCAAUACCACCUAAAACAGAACCAUUGACAUUGUAUUCCUUCGAAUAUUGUCCAUUCGCUCAAAGAGUGAGACUUGUCUUGCACGCAAAAGGUUUAAAAUAUCAGGCAGUCAAUAUUAACUUGAAAAAGAAGCCUGAGUGGUACUCCUCAAUUAACACUUCAGAGAAAGUACCCGCCUUAGAUAUUGGCGAUAAAAUAAUAACGGAAAGUUUGGAUAUAUGCAAUUAUUUAGAUAAAACUUAUCCUACACCUGCUUUGUAUUCUGCAGAACCUGAAGCUGCCGAAAAAGAAAAAGAAUUGAUUGAUAAAAUUGGCAGUGUAACCAGUCUUUUCGCCAAAUGCAUGAUGAAUGCAAAAGAUAAAACUCCUGAAGAAUGGGUGAAAGAUUUCCUUACCACCAUGGAACCUUUUGAAACAGAGCUCAAAUUGAAAGGUACCAAAUUUUUUGGUGGAGACAACCCGGGCAUGGUGGAUUAUAUGCUAUGGCCUUGGGCAGAACGAGCAAAAGUGUUGGAUAUGUUAAUCGGUGAAAAACUGCCAUUUUCUGAGGAUUGUAUUCCAACUUUACAUGAGUGGAAGAAGAAUAUGCUUAUGAAUACGGUAGUCCAAGCUGUCUACAAUGGUCCAGAGAAAUGUUUCAAAGCUAUACAACUCAAGUAUAAUACUGAAGAUCCAGAUUUUGACUCAAUUUGAAAUUGAAUUCACGGUAUUAAUGUAACACUAAGUACAUCUUACUUUGAGGUGUUAGUGUUGGCUUCUUCUGCUUCAUCAGUUAUACUGUCUAUUAUUGUGAUAUCUAUCAAUCAUUCCGCUGACAAUACCUUAAUAUUUUGUUAUUAAAUAUGUUUGAUUUCUAGUAUUCUUAUACUAAUUUAAUGCUUUAUUUUUUAUUUUCUUGUUAUGUUUUCAAUUUAUCUGAUUUAUAUAAAGAUUUCUGAAUAAACAAGUAUUAAUCCCA